GUUUUAAUAAAGCUACAAAGCUUAAAAAUGUCAAUGAAAAAAAAUCCGGAGACUUAAAAUUACAAGAGUUGGAGAAACGGCUAAAUGAAGCAGGUGAAUCAUGUCUUCACAUAAAAAGUCGUUUAGACUAUAUGAAGAUGUUGUACGAAACUACCGGAGCACCUGUAAUCGACAAUUCGUUGAAAUUAUCUUCUACAAAAUCAACUGAUUCGACUUGCAGUGAAAAACGCCAAUUUUUUUGUCAGUCGGCUGAUGAAGAAGAAAAUUUUCAUGACGUGAAGAGUUUGGAAGACAUUCCUAAGAAAGCUGACAGUGAUGUUUACUCUAUUAUCAGCGAAGAAAAAAGCUUGCUGUCGGUUAAUUCUUUUCGAGUUAAAUCAGACGAGUAUUUUUCAGCGAGCAAGCAAGAAUCGCACACGCAUAUUUUGACAGGCAGAGAAAUUAACAUUAAUAUGAUGCAAAUGUUACCACAGAAUGAUUUUAAUUCAAAGAUUUACCUCAACAAUCAAGAAUUUGAAGCAUCAAGUGAAGACUCUUUUAAUUAUCCUCAAGAUUCUGAAGAUUCAGAUCAAGAAGAAAAAAUAUCGGGCGAAUAUCAUCCGCCUGUUCCUGUAGCAAUUAAAUGCAUCAAAAAACCAGAACCGAAUUUUAAAUUCAAUAGGGGUCGUCCGGAAUAUCUUCGUCGUGCUAAAUUAAAGAAGAAAAGUAAUUCUUCACGGAUAUCGAAUCGAUUGAAUCUUUUAGCAAAACCUAAGUACGAAAUAAAAAAAUUCGAUGAGACUGCAAGGAUUAAAAUAAAGAAACGAAAAACAAGGUUGAAGAAAAGAAAGUCAAAAAGUAUCGAGUCAAGGUCGAGAGAUAUUGAAGAUGAAAAACCAAAAUUUGAAAAAGAAAAUACUUUGGUGAUAAGUCAAGAUCAAUCUGGUAAUGAAGUACAAGACAAUUUAUCACAGUCGUCAAAUAUUAUACCAGCAGUAGAAAAUGUUGAAAUAAUUGAAAGAUUAAAUGGAAAUUGGAGUGACGUUGUUGAAAUUUAUCACAAUGUCCAGGCAAAAAGUAUUAGUCCGUCGGUGGUGUCCAGUAAGCAGCAUUUCAAAUUGGAUAUUCAACAAAAUAUCGACUACAAGGAUCAAAAUACUCAAAAUAAUUUCCAAGUCGAAAUUGAUGGAAGAACCAGUAUUAGACCAGAAGAUUUUAUCCGAGUAGAUAUUCAGCCUCGUUACAAUCAAAAUACAUUUACAAGAGAUCAAGUAUUCAAACAUGAAGAGUGUAGGUCAACUCAGUUGCAUUCGUGGUGCUGCGAAUCUUUUUCUGUAAGAAGUUACCAACGACCGACGAAAUCUUCCGAGGCAAAGAAAGCUAAUAGAUGCUUUUUUACCACCCGUUUUGACGUGAGAAACAUUCCAUUUGUUGUCGGCACUUCCAUUACUCGCAGUUACAACUUGGGAUUGAAUAUUCAGAAAGUGUUUGGUCUUAUGAAAAAUCGACAUCCGGAGACAUUGAACGCAAUCAGACCCGUGCUAAUUCGCAAAGUUGGAGAAACGUUUAGUUCGACAAUUAAUACCGCUAGGUCGAUGCAUUCAGAUAAUUGCUCUGGUAAUGAGGGAUCAAUCAUUACUUCAAAGCAAAAUUUCUGCCAUGAAUUAAUUGGGCAAACGAAUAAUCGCGUUGCAUUGAAAUGUAAUCAUUAUGGAGAUUCCAUUGAUACUGAAACUGUGGCUACACAUUUCACUCGAAGCGCUUUACUGAAACAACGAGAAGAACAAUUGAGAGAAAGUGAAACAUUUGAUUCAAAAUGUAAAAGAUUUACGAGUAACUCGGGCGAUGUCGGAAAAGUUUUACGUCGAUUGCAAGAUCAGUUUGAAGAAAUGCUUGAAAAGUACGAAAGAUUGAAGGAUAAGAUAAAAAAAUUAAACGACGUGAGUGCGAUGCAUGAAGUAAGUGAACUGGAAGCUGAACUAAAUAUUAAAGAAGAAGAAAUUUUCGCCGUAGCUGGAUUGUACAAGGAAGUUCAGACUUUGAAGCAGCAAAUUAAAAUGAUGCAGCAAAAAAAGAGCCUUAUUUGUAUAACGGCUGGAAGUACAGCAAAACCGGAAAAAAAUUUGCUCAGGCGGUCGCGAAAUUCGUACGUACUUCCAGCUUUUAGUCAUCAUCAAAGACCUAGAACAUCCUGCAGUAUAAAACCGCCUACGUCUUCCCGGUUAGUAGGCCUCUUGCGCUACAUUCAAUCGGUUCAACAGCAAUUGUCUACUCAAAUAAAUUAAAGAAGAAAUUCUAUGAGUUAAAUGCUGAUUGGAGUAGAGUGAGUGCUCGUACCACCGGCAAAUAGCACAUUUACAUCAACAUCAACAUCAACAUGCUGACUACUAGUAAACAAAAGCUAGAGCUAGAGCAAGAGCAAGAGCACAUGACAUGCAAGAAAUAGUUUUUAGUAUUUCUACGUGCCAGGGAUGCGCUCGAUAUUGGAACUACGUCGUGGCAUGAUACCACCAAGAUAUUCUUGUUACCCGAUUAUAUUGUUUUUUUCCACCCAUUUAUAUUUAUGAUCCAUCGAUCCAGCUGGACUCAACUUCCAUCCACUCAACCGUUCAACUCUCUCUUCCAUAUAAUAUUAUUCCUCGGGUUUUAUAAAACUCUUGUGACAGACGAUAAAGGUAACACCAUGUUUACAUUACUGAAGAAUCCAAUUACUUGGCUAUAGACGAUAUGGAAAUACGAUUACUGAUGUGUAAUACUAUUGCCGGUUUAUCGGUAAUUAUUGAUUGACUACGACUACUUGUUGGUAGUUAAUUAAAUGGAUUGCUGAAAAUUUAUUUUUUAGGUUUUUUAUUUAAAGGUAGAUUUUGCAAGCGCUAUUCAAAAGAAAAAUUAA